GGCCCAGCAACCAGGAAGCAGUUCACAGCCAACGCUCUAAGUGAGAACUAGAACCCGUUUUUUACACCAACUACCUAAAACAAUACAAAAUCAACAAACAUGAAAUUCUUCGCUGUUGCUGUUUUGCUAGCCUUUGUCGCCGUCGCUGCUGCGCAAGAAGGCGUCGGCAAGUUGACCGAAGAACAGAAACAAAAGGCUCGCGCUUUGGGCACUGAAUGCUUGAAAGAAACCGGUGCUUCCGAAGAGGCGAUUCGUGCUCUCAUCAAAGGUGAUGACAGUCAAGUUGAUGGCAAAGUCAAAUGCUUCUCCAAGUGCAUGCAAGAGAAAUUGGGUUUUGUAGAGAAUGGUAAGGUCAAUGAGGAAAAGGUACAGAACUUUUUGGGCAAAUUGAUCGGCGAGGAGAAUGCUAAAGCUACUCAAGCUAAGUGCAAUGAUUUGAAGGGUACCGACGAAUGUGACACCGCCUUCCAAAUUCGCCAAUGUUAUGCAGCUGGGCACGAGGGCUUGGAUUUUUAAACACCAUCAAGUAUUAGUAGUCAUGUGAAGAAUGUAUUAAAAUUAAUACUCUUAAGGCACCUCUUUGCUAAUAAAAUUCACUUGCCUCUCAUGUGUUUUAAAAGUUAAA